AUGGGAGAGAAGGAACGGCAGUGCGAAUACUAUGGAAGUUUCAUGCACCACCUAAGUCGGCCCGAGGCGGAGGCAAUGUACUGGUGCUUGUUUUUUCUUGUGCUCUGUCUCCUGUUCAGCGCCUCGUGGUAUUACGGCAGGGUCAUGGAGCGCAUCGAGCAUAUGAGGGUGUCAGACACGCGGCGGAAACAACUGAUACACUGGUGUUUCUACAAGACCCUCGCCUGUAGCUUCGUGAGCCUCGUCGCCGCGAUCCUGGAGGUCUUCGUCCUGCUCACGCUCCAGUUCUGCGACCACGAGCCGCUCGCGAGUCUCUACUGGUCCAACUGGACCGUGCUACAAGUGGGUGCUGUUGUGGCCAUGUUUGGUAUCUGCCUCCACGUUCGACACAUGAUCAAGGGAAGACGUCAUCCGCCCUGGGCACUUGCACUUGGUACGCCCGUGUUGGUCGUUGCGGGCCUCGGCCACUACUUUCAGGGGAAGGUUAAGAGCAAGGCGAAAAGCGUUGGCCGAAACCUCAGGAGUCGGAGCCACAGCCGUAGGCCUAGGGGCCGAUCCCGUGACGAGCCACUCAGUAAGAUGUGA